CCUGGUCCAUUGUGCUCCCACACUGCGAGGAGGACACAAGGAGAUGCAGGAGACCAUCUGGGUGAACUUCUUCCACUCUUCACCUCCUCUUGAUGACAGUCUGUGCGCCUCGGGACCUGCCACUUAACAAUUCCGGCCCCCUCCUCCCCCUCCAAAAAAAAAGAAAUUAAAAAAGUGGAGAUGAACACCACCGGGUUCAACCAUACAGACGGGACCUUGUUCAACCGGACGGAGGGGAUGCUGUGCUGCAACCUGUCGUCGGUGGUGACGGAUGAAGGCUUGGUGGCAGCAUCACCGGAUGAGAGGAGCCUCUUCAUCAUGAGGGUGGUCCAGAUCGCCGUCAUGUGCGUGCUGUCCCUCACGGUGGUCUUCGGCAUCUUCUUCUUGGGAUGCAACCUCCUCAUCAAGUCUGAGGGCAUGAUCAACUUCUUGGUGACGGACAGGAGACCCUCCAAAGAAACCGAGGCGGUGAUUGUUGGAGCCUACUGAGCUGCUGUGGAUGACACCAGGGGGUCUUUUCUUCUUCUUCUUCUUCUUCUUUAAAAUGCCAACAGGGUCUGUUGGUUUCUACAGUAUUGAUUGACAGUUGUGACGUCACUAGUUUGUGUUGUCAUCAUUUGAGAUGUUGGUGGCAAAGCAGUCAUGUAAAUAUGUGAUGUGUGUGUUUUUUGCAUACACUCUUCACACUUGGCCAGUAAGAUGCCAACAUGUUUUGCACAAUUGGAGUUAAUUGACCCUGUGAUUAAAGAUUCCCCUCCUAUUUAUGGUCUAUGUUUGUAUAUGAAUUAAGCAUGUUUGCUCAUUCUGUCAAUCGGAUUCAAGGGGAAAUAAGUAAAACUCUAUAUCUGUUUUAUUGUUCCAUUAUGCACAGGAAGGCUGGGUUUAUUCUGCAUUUGAAAAAGGAGGGUUUUGUUGUUGUCUUUUAUAGAUUAAUACUUCCAUUUAAUAACAUAUUGCAAAUUUCAUAAGUAUUUUAAUUUUAGGGGGAAAAUAAUGCAUGUUUUGUGUAUUUUUCAUAUAAAAAAACUAAGUUUGUUUUACAAAAAAGAGUUAAGAGUUAACAAGUUGUUUUUUUUAACUAAAUAAGUAAAAGUAGAAGUGUUGAAACAAAUUUUAGUGGGAUUUUUUUUUUUCAAUCUGUCAUUGCUUGAAAAAAAUUGUGAAUUAAAACCAAUGUUGUUAUAAACAAUUGACCUAAU